CUGGAGUGAGGGCGGAAGUGGCGUCAAUGGCCGGGGAGGGGGACCAGGAAGAGAAGGCUCGGUGCUUUGGGCGUGCGAGGUGCUGGAAGGGUGUGAGGGAUGGUGCUCAUUAAAGAGUUCCGGGUGGUACUACCUUGCUCUGUAGAAGAGUAUAAAGUGGGGCAGUUAUUUUCCGUGGCUGAGGCUAGUAAGAACAACACUGGUGGUGGUGAAGGAAUUGAGGUGCUCACAAAUGAACCCUAUGAACAUGAGGGGGAGCAGGGACAGUACACCCACAAAAUCUACCACCUUCAGAGCAAAGUUCCAGGGUUCAUCAAGAUGUUUGCUCCCGAAGGGUCCCUUGUUGUCCACGAAAGAGCCUGGAAUGCCUAUCCCUACUGUCGGACGGUUAUUACGAAUGAGUACAUGAAGGAUGACUUCUUUGUCAAAAUUGAAACGUGGCACAAACCGGAUUUAGGCGAACAAGAAAAUGUCCAUGGACUUGAUGCAGAAACCUGGAAAGAUGUGGAAGUUGUUCACAUAGACAUUGGUGAUCGGACACAAGUAUCAGAUGAUGAUUACAAGCCAGAUGAAGAUCCAGCUCUUUUCAAAUCUCUGAAGACGGGCAGAGGCCCUCUUGGUCCUGACUGGAAGCGGGAACUAGCCAAUAAUGAAGAUUGUCCCCACAUGUGUGCCUACAAACUCGUGACCGUGAAGUUCCGCUGGUGGGGCCUUCAGGGCCGGGUGGAAAAGUUUAUCCAGAAGCAAGAAAGACGUCUCUUUACCAACUUCCAUAGGCAGCUCUUCUGCUGGUUGGAUAAAUGGGUGGAUUUAAGCAUGGCUGACAUCCGGCGGAUGGAGGAGGAGACGCAGAGAGAGCUGGAUGAGAUCCGCCAGAAGGGUACAGUGAGAGGCAUGACUGUCGGGGAUGAAUGAGUGCCCCCUGCUGCCUAGGCCAAGAAGUGACAAGAUGCAGUGCCCAUUCUGACCUGAGAUUGGACCUAUCCUUGUGGGACUUUUCCUUCUCUCUCUUCCUCUCUCUCGUCACCUUGGAAGAGGGAGAGGGGUUCUUUAUUUCAUUCCAUCCUUUUGGUCCAGAAAUAUUCCAAGCUGUCCCUGAUUUUACCAGCCUGGGGAGCCCCAUGAAACUGCUGCAUAUUACUUACUGAUCAUGGAUUAAUAGGUGUCCUUACCGCAUGAAUGGGAUAUCCAGGGGGGCAAGGACUUUUCAGGGGUGGGGGGGCGUCUCCCUUUUUUCACACUGCAGGGUCAGGAAUGCAUGACUAUUAAUAACAUUAAUCUUAAUAUUCUUUAGAUCAUACUUUGGUCGGUGGGUGGGUGGGAAAUUUAUAGGAAGUGGGAAAGCAAAAUAAGAAUGUUUGAGUUGGGUGGGGGGAAAUUAAAGUUAGGAAUAUAGUCAGUUUCUCUUUCAUGGUGGAGAGUUGGAAUGCACCCUUUUAAGUCCCACGUGAAAACGAUUUCUCUCCUUUCAAACCACAUUCAGCUUCCAAAGCUGUAGGAAAAAAUGAGGUUUUCGCUCCAGGAGUCCUCUUAUGCAUGCCACACGAUAGCGUCAAACAUGCCACUAGACAGGCCAGUUACAGGCAGAAAUGUGUCUCCCCACUUGACCCGAUUUCCAGACAUGGCAUAAGCUGUGUCAUCAAAAUUUGAUGGGACAGUUUCCUGCCAUACGUUUCUGCUCGGAAACAGCACUGGGACAUUCUCUUUGAUCCAGGGUCCUUUACCUUGCUUUCCCUCAUCCCCACCUCAGGGGAGUGGGAAAGCAGGUGGUUUUCCGUUUGGGGGAGAGGCACAUAGAAGCAUUUUAAGCCUUCUGGGGCUUAAGAAGAAGGAAAAAGACUUGGACGCCCUGGGCUGUAGUACAAGGAUCUGAACAGUAUUUUUUUUAAAAAAGAAAACACUGAAAAUCUUUUUUAAAAAGUAAAACAGUAAAUAAACUUGAAACUGA